UGAACGGCGACCAAUGAGAGCGGCGUAUUCCGAAUAGGUUUAAGGGCGCCAGGAUUGAAUUCGGCUGGGUCGGCGGCGUUGGAACCACGCCUUACUAAGAUUCCAGGAGACGCCAGGGUUCUUCUCUUAGCUUGGCACUUGCAAUGGCUGCUGCCAGUGAACGGAUUGAAGAUAUGGAAAAAAUGAGAAGGGAGCUGCUCAAACUGUUGACGGAAGGCAAGGCUGUGGACAUGUUGAAGCACAAUCUGUCCCAACAGGAUAAAAUGAUUGACCAACUCUUGAAUACCCAGAAGACCACAGAACAACUGAUCAAAGAGCUCAUGAUUACUGAGGAGAAAGUUGCACAGAGACUUUCUGACAGGGAAGAGGAAUUGAAGGCGAGCAUCCGAAAGCUGCAGAAAAUUGAACAAGAAUUGCUUCAGACAAACGAAAAGGAUGAAAAAUUGAGGAUCAACACUAAUGAAUUAAGAAAACAGCUGGAAACUUUGAGAGAAGAAAGCAGACAGCAGCAGCAGAAAGCAGCCGAAGAAGCCGACAGAUCGAUGUCAGCUAAGUAUCUUGUACAUCUUUAUUAUCAGAUCUGCAGGAUUGACUGGGACUAUUCUUGUGAGCCACCUCUGAUCAAAGGAACCCAUUACGGACCAGAUAUUGCUCAAUCUAUUAACCUCGACAGUAGCCAACAUUCUCCCUGCUUCAUCAGCGAUUACCUCUGGAACAUGGUGAACACAUCGUGGUGAAUAAAGAAGCUUUUGGCAAGCAGGAGAUAAUAUAGUAGAUAUUCCCUAGGAGCAAAAUAUAUAUUUCAGUGGCUCAUUCUGUUACGCUUUUUUUUGGCAGAAGAGUAUUCUGAAGAGCAUUGGUGGAAUAACAAGAGACCGAAGCAAAAUAAAACAUCAUUACUAAUCACAAAAAAGUGUUUUAUUCACGUGAGAAGAAGAACUUUAAAACCAGUUUCCUAAGAGGAUACUGCAUACCACCCACAGGUAAGGGGGG